AUGACGCUAGACCAAACUACUCCCAAAACAGCGCAGGAUGUUGCAGUUCACAAACAUAUUGUGGAGCAAAGUCCUCUCAAAGGCUUUAUUGCAGUUUUGGUCGCUUGUAUUUUAUCAGGUUUCGCCGGCAUAUACUUCGAGAAAAUUCUGAAAGGCUCCGAUGUGUCGGUCUUUGUGCGAAACGUACAGCUCUCAAUCAUCUCACUUCCCGUCGGUUUGGCCAACGUUUUCAUACAAGAUAGUGGUAAGGUGCUGAAGAAAGGAUUACUGGUUGGCUUUGAUAUCGUUGUUUGGGGUAUGAUCUUUCUUUCGGCUCUUGGUGGCCUUACCGUUGCCGUUGUGAUCAAGUAUGCGGACAAUAUCCUGAAAGCAUUUGCAACAUCCAUUGCUAUUAUCGUGGCUUGCGUUGCAUCCGCACUACUCUUCUCGUUUCGCUCCUCCAUUCUGUUUGUUGUUGGCACGGUGCUGGUCAUUAUGGCUGUUUUCUUGUAUAGCUUAUUCCCGUACAAAAAGAAGUACCAUCCGGCUCCCAUGGAACCCCCGCAGUCAAGCCAGUCCCGAGAUGAUGCUUCUACAACACUUCGUGAGUGA